AUGGCGUGCAACAGUUGGGACAAAUUGUGUAAGGCUCAGCGGGACUACCCAAAAGCCAAAUUUGCCGACUCUUUUGUCCAAAAGUCACUGAAGAAGAGUCCCAAGAACCCAUUCCUUUUAGCUUGGAAAGCUGAUCUUUCUCUUCAACUACACCAAGAUCCCAAGAAUGUGGUUCUUCAAUUACAACAGGCAUGGCAACAGCCGGGAGUGUACGACAUCCGACUGCUAGCAUACAUGUACAAAUUAUUAGCAGAGGCGACGCGACGACACACCACCACCGUUUGUAUCAGCGGGCUUGGUAAUGAAAACUCCAAGGUUUGGCUGAGCGCCGCGAAAUCAAUGGGCCGUAGAGAACGACAAGAGCUAUGGUCUGCGCUAGGUAGAGCUGCGUUUGGCGAGGAAUGUUGGGAGGACUUUCGUUUUGCUGUGGUGCAAUACACGAAAGAGCUCAAAGAUGGCGCUGUGUCUGCAUCGAUCAAGAAACAUGCGCACUACACCCAAGUGCUCGCCACGCAACUUUCGGCGGAGCAGCAACGUCAACUACCAGAUGGUGGCAUGAAGUGCCAGAUUCAAUUUGACCUAGCGCGAAGGCUAAUGAAGCAGGCUUAUGAAGCUUCUCCAGAUGAGCCGAUUGCCUGUAAGGAUAUACGGGAUCUACGCUUCAUGGGCGAGCUUUUCACGCGACAAAACAGAUGCGAUGAGCUCAUCACCCUGUGGGACAGCCCGCCUGGUGCCCUGAAAGACCUCAUGGCGACGCAUCAAGAUGACUUGCGGGGCCUGAGAACAAGACUCCCACGUGACAGCGAAAAUUGGGCUCUCGUUGAAAGCCAAUGUCUUGCUACUAUCGAAAGUGCAAUUUCUCAGUCGGCUGAGAACCCAGACUCUAAAGCCCUAUGGGAACUUUGUGCUUGGAAGAAUGAUGUAUGGGCGGGGCUGCUAGAAGCACUUCGGAAAAACCGGUCUGCGGACGAGGGUAAUGGCAUUGUAUCUGACAUCAUACAACGCGCCUUUGGAGCAGAGACACAACCCAAGGACCGUGUCUUGAAAUUGACGUACAUGUUGCUUCGCCAGUUCAUCGGCACCCCGAUGUUGGACGACUGCAAGGUGUACUGGGAAAACCACUCGACUCUCAUCUCAUGCUUUAAGGACUUGCGGCCGUUUGUGCAAGGACUGGAAAACAAAACUGAGUUUUACGACUUCUUCAUCGACGCCAAAGUAUCCGGACAGGACAACUUUACCGAUAACGAUUGGCAGAUACACAAACAAAACAUCCUGAAAUUGACGUACCUGCUAACAUCGCUAGCGCCGCAAGAACUUCAAAAUGGCGAAGCAGUCUUGGAGAAAGUCUUUACCCAGGCUUGCGAGUCAUCGGAUCGAUGUGACCCCAGCUCUCCGGCAGGUUAUGUUGGUAUCUACGCCCUUCUUCGAAUGCACCAUGACACCAUGCUUCACGAAGAACCCCAGAAGUCACUAGAGAAUACACCCAACUCCCAGCUCCUCCUGCAAGCUGCAAUGCUCGCACGCCACCUAGUCGCUUGUGACAAGGAGAAGCAAGACAGGCCACGCGCAUUACUUGCUGCCCGACUGCACCUUAACCUUGGUCUCGGAAAGAGUGCUUUCCAGAUGUACAGUUACACAAAGUGCAAGGAGAUGCUGGUCCAUACCCUUUCUCCAUUCGUCUUGUCCCGGAUCUCACUGACUCAUCCUUUUGGUGCUAAGGGCUACCAAGGUUUUUCAGCGGAGGAAGAGCUCGGCAGAGCCAUUGGUAACAUGGAGAGAAUGGAUUCCAAGACGGACGAUACGAUAUUUCCGGACCUGCACGUACUACCAUGGGACCAGGCUACCGCUUUGCUAUCCUUGAAGCAGAAAUUCAAGUCGAGCUCAACCAAGCAUAUAUGCAACGUGGAGCGUCGCCGCAUAGCGCGACUGAAGGGUGAAUCAAUCGACCACCUGCCUAUCCUAGACCAACAAAGCUUCCAAAAUAUUUUCGACAACGUCGAUGUAUCCGGCUUUCCCAACUACGAGAAUACCGAAACCGAUGGGCCAUUACCCUUCUUCAUGCCCAGCAUGAUCCCCAACGUGUCGUGGAUUCUCCAAAGCUACGACGUGUGGGAGGCUAGCAGCAGACUGCUAUACCGCGAGACGCAAACAUGGGAGAAUGCAGGAGGACUCAUCCAUGAAGCUGUCAAGAACACAAAUGAUACCACAGAAGCAGCCAACCUGACGCCAGCAGAGUCCGAAGUGGCACAAGUAUGGGAUCACAUCAAUACGGUUGUGAAGAUAAUGGCUGGUCAGGCAGACAAGAUGGAGUCGCUUCCUACAGGCGUCAAAGCACUUCCAGAAGAACUUCACGCCAUGCGCCUGGCAAUGGAGAAGCUGUACACGCCCAGCGCUACUGACGUGAAGCCCGAGGAUGAACCCCCAAUGUUCCACGAAAACAUGCUCAUGUCAUGCUACACGAAGCUCGAGGUGCUGCGCGCCCUUGUCAAGCUGGCGGAUAACCUGCGCGAAAAGGUAGUCAAUCCCAAGAGCACGCACGCCAUGAAAGCCAAGCUGCCGAAGAACUGGGUGGGCGAAGUUGAAAGCGCGACAAAAACGUGCUUCGAAGCGGUACGCGAAGCAGCGAAUAGCUACAUCAAGCUUAUCGAGAGCAAAGGCGAAGCUACAAUCAAGGCUCAGGCUCGAUGGGGCAAGACGGGCGAGAUACUGCGGGGCGUGCUGUCGGAUUCCGAUGUGGAAGCGUAUGCGUCGGAAUACAUUGAUAGUGCGUUGCAAGCGUGGAAGGGCGUACUGCAGGUUAAGCUCAAGUAG